AUGCAUUUCACCACACUCAUUACCACAGUAUCCCUUCUCUCAACAGCUUCUGCUCACGCAUAUCACCGACACCAUCGCCGAACGACAUCAGAUCCUCGUGUCUGCGCAGUUCUCCAAAACACCGAUCGUCCUGGAAAUGAUUAUUUCCGAGUCAAGACCGUGACCUUCGAGGCCUGCGAAGUAGCCUGCGCAGCAGAUGUCCGCUGUGUAACAGCCCAAUUUCGCAAGGACAAUCAAUUCUGCUAUUUCAAAGAAGCCAGCAGUGAUUCUGUUCCGGACACCAAUGUCGAUACUGUAGACUGCUCGGGCAGCAUCUUGCCUGAGACCACGACUACGACUACGGCGGCUGGAAGUACUUCAACGACUACUACUACUUCCAUGAGUACCGCUACAUCGACGACUUCUUCCACAACAACUGCUUCUUCUACAACUUCUGCUUCAACCACUGAUUCUUCUUCGACAUCUACCGCUUCCUCGACUUCUACUGCGUCCUCGACUACCAGUGCUUCUCCAACCACCAGUACUACCCUGGCCACAAGCACUACAAAAACCGCGAAAAUCACCAGCACGACAAAAUCAAAGACUACAUGCAAGCCAACUACGACCACCAAGGCAGUAUACACAACCAAGAAAGCCACAACGACGAAGUGCACAACGAAGUUCAAGACCACGACAAAGGCGAAGAAGCCAUACGCCACGACUAAGGCGAAGAAGCCAUAUGCUACGACGGAGGCGAAGAAGCCAUAUGCCACGACUACAAAGAAGCACUACUAA